CAGAGCCAGGCACUCAGACUGCGUGCAGGAGUCGAGUAGAAGAGCGCGUAAAAGUGCAGAAAGAGUGAGACAGAGAGAAAGAUAGGAGAGAGGAGGCACGGAGCCAUGGAGAUGGAGGAAAGCUUUGAUGCCGAGGCCAGUUUUGACGAUGUCUCCUGUCUUUCCCCCCAGAGCCCCGGGUCCACCUCCCCGGCCAGGAGGCAGAAUAAGGAGAAGGAAAUUAAGGAGACCAAAAUAACUAUCAACUGCGUCACUUUCCCUGUGCCGAUGUCUACGCCAGAGCAGCAGCUUCUCAAGCCCAAUGAAUGGAGCUACUGCGACUAUUUCUGGGCUGAUAAGAGGGACCCUCAGGGGGCCACAGUGUCAGGGUUCGAGGUGCUGCUGCAGAAACAGCUGAAGGGGAAGCAGAUGCAGAAAGAGAUGGCAGAGUUCAUCAGAGAAAGGAUAAAAAUUGAAGAAGAGUAUGCCAAGAACCUCUCCAAACUCUCACAGUUCCCAAUGGCAGCACAAGAGGAAGGGACUCUGGGAGAAGCUUGGGCCCAACUUAAGAAGAGUCUAGCGGAUGAGGCAGAGGUCCAUCUCAAGUUCUCCUCGAAGCUCCAGAGUGAAGUAGAGAAGCCAUUGCUGAACUUCAGAGGAGACAACUUUAAAAAGGACAUGAAGAAAUAUGACCACCACAUUGCUGACCUGAGGAAGCAGCUGGUCAGCCGGUAUGCUGCGGUAGAGAAGGCACGGAAGGCUCUAGCUGACAGACAAAAGGAUCUUGAGGUGAAAACACAACAGCUUGAGAUCAAACUGAGCAACAAAACAGAAGAGGAUAUUAAGAAAGCCAGACGGAAAUCCACACAAGCAGGUGAUGAUCUGAUGCGCUGUGUGGACCUCUACAAUCAAGCUCAGUCAAAAUGGUUUGAGGAGAUGGUCACCACAAGCCUGGAGUUGGAGAGAUUGGAGGUAGAACGAGUGGAAAUUAUACAGCAGCACCUGCGUCAGUACACCCAGCUACGUCAUGAAACAGACAUGUUCAACCAAAGUACGUUGGAGCCAGUUGACCAGCUCCUACAGAGUGUGGACCCUGCCAAAGACAGAGAGCUCUGGGUAAAAGAACACAAGACAGGGGAACUGAGACCUGUGGACAUGGACAUCUAGAACACACAGACCUUUGAGAAACACAUACACAUUAUAUAUGAAUCCACCUGCAUGCAUGUCUACCUGAGAACUUCAACCUCUCAGCCAAAGCCAUACAGGUAUCUACCCAUUGAAGCACCUCUUGUUUUGUGGAUUUCCACUGUUGGAAAACAAAAAAAUUACUAAAUAAAAAAUUUAUAGAAGAGUUUCUUAAUAUCACAUUCAAUGGGUGACAAUAAAGAAUAGCAAGAAAGCAGAAGAUGCAUUACGAAUAUUGAGUAAUGAUCCAAUGCUGUUUAGCAUAUUAUCCUGCAUGUCCUUAUAUAACUUUAAUGUACUACAUACGACUUCCUGGUAUGCCUGUUACAUUAAAAUAGGCAUGGCAACAUUGAUAAAAAUCAGAACAAAUACUGUACAUUUGUUUAUUUGCCGCAGCAGAUGCCUACAAAAAAAAAUUCAUCCAACCAAUUUUUAUUUUUAUUUUUUUAUCUUUUUGGUGUUAAAUCAUGUACGCACAUUGACUAAACAGCUAGUUGCACAUAUUUAGUUACCUAAACAAAAACUUUGAACAAGUAUUGCCAUACAAAGCACUCCAGAAACGUAAAACUAAAUACAACCUGGUCUCAUAGAAUGAACGUUACUCUAUAGACAUUUUUGCAAAAUAACGUUUAUGUGCCGCUUUCUAUGUUUUUCUGCUGUUUCCUGAUGAAAUUAACACUAGAGGCGCUACAACAACUGUGCGUUUUAUUCACUGUCACACAAAUCACAAGUAUAAUUGCUGAUUAUGACUUUAUAAAAACGUAUUUUUCUCUAUUACUCACCCCCCGCUAUGUUAUGAUAUCAAAUCACUUUUACUUUAACGCAUGAUUGAAAAUUGAUACAUUUUACUUGUAUUACAGACCCACCUACAUAUACACACUUAUUCCUAUAUUGUUAGCUUGCUUGGUAGCUCACCUGAUAGAGUGUUGAACUUUGGACUCAACAACUGUGGUUCAAGUCCAGUCAAAGAUGCUUAAAAGUGACAUAGAAGUGAAAAGAAAUGGAAUGACAUGGUUGCCACAGUAAAAGUUUUUUUUUUUUUUAAACACUUCCAGUUAGGAUUAGGUGUUGGUUAAGGGUAAGGAUGUCUGUUUUGUUAAACUCUCAUUUAUCUCUUCGGACACUAUUGGUUAGGUUUAGGGUAAAGUUUUAGGUUAGGGAGGUACGUUUUACUCAUUAAAACCUCCAUCUAAUAUUCACCUUAAAAACCUCAUCUGAUUACAACCUUAUUUCGCUUGGUUUUGGCACCCCCCGCUGGACAUUUCACAGGGAAACUGCAACCAAACGUGGAAACAAGCAUGUAAUUUCAGUUUUGCAAAAACUUUGCAAUGCUCACAUAAAGCUCAUGAGAACAGGCCGACUAAAUAUGUUUUCAAACUAGUUUGAAAAAAUAAUAUAAAAUAAAGUAUCCUUAGCAGAAAUAACCAGCACUAAAUAGGCUUAAAGGCUUAAAAUAUAUUGUCAUUUAAUAAUCUUAGUAAAUCUGUAUUAUAAUUAGAUUUAAAAAAAAAAUUAAAAAAAAUUUGCAACAAGGAAUGCAAAGUUUUUAAAGCUAUUUUCACAAACUACACAUAAACUGCUGGCAAAUCUACAACCUUCCUUCUGAAAUAAAGGUCUGAACAGAAUGCAUUAUCUAAGUAUGGAAUUGAUCUAUUUUCGUAUUUUUGCAUAUUUAUUUUGCAAAAAAGCAUGUUUUUUUUUUUUUUUUUUCUAAAUGUAAGACUUGUUCUGUAUGGUUAAUGGAAAAAUAGAUGUGUUACGUGAGUGGUACUGGUUAGUCCAUUGAUUGUGUUCAUGGAAGAUGUGUCAACAAGCUUGGCAUUUAAAAGACCAGGACUCGAUAGCAAAGUCAUAUAAUUUUUCCCAGUUAAAGCCAAGAAACACCCUUAUGCAGACAGCCAGAUUUAUACUUUUGGCAUCUACAUUUGAUCUAAAAGUUGCACCAAAACAACUUAAUAGAGUAUACAGUUUCUUUAAGUUGAAAUUAUAUGGUUUGGCUGUAGAAUCCAGGUAUCAAAGGUGGAUCAGAUAUGAAUUAUGAUGAUUUGUGUUACAAUGUACACCUUUUAGUGCCUAAAGGUUUAAUUGCCUUGGAAUGUUCACAAUCAAUUAAGUGUUUGUACAUAGGUGUAAAUAUGUGUGUGCUGGUUUUUGUCUGUAUUUGUUGUCAAGCACAUCUUUAAACAUGCUCAUCUCUUUGUCGUCUUUGUCAGAACAUGUUUAAACUGAAUUUCAAAUGCAUAUUAAUAGAUAUGUAAACUUUUUACUGGUGGAUACAAUUUUACAUUGAAUACACAUUCUAUAGGCAGCUAAUGAUCACAUUUUUUAAACCACACAACUCUAAUAGUGGCAGAUAUAUUUAAAUUUUAAACUUUAUACAGUAAUAAUGAGAGAUUUGAUACAUUUCUAGAAUACUUGUUUGAAGAAGUCAAAGCACAGAUUGUCCAAAGCACAUUUUGGAUAAAGAAAACUAUGUGCUUUCAUUAAAAUACCUCUAUAAGUUGUAUUAAUUUUAUAUCAAUCGGUUAUGUUCAUGGCCGGGAAGACAUUAGUGGUUCGAGUUAGUGAAAUGAUUUGUAGUCCAAUAAACUUAAGCAAAAUACUUAACUUAUACACUUGCUGCCUCUAUUAAACACACAGCAAAUAUGCACAUGGAAUGAGGGAAAUAUAAUCGGAUCUUGUGUGCUCCACUAAAUCUUUGUUUAAAACAUUUUCUUAAGAAAAUUCAAAUAUUGUCCAAUAAUGUGAAAGAAAAAUACAAAUGCAGUACCUUUUGUGAAAGGUAAUGCAUUCACAUGAUUGUUUACUUUUAUUCCCUUCUGUACUAACAGUCAUUCUUAACAUUGUCUCAUGGCAACUCAUAAUAAUUCAUUCAAGAUGGAGAAAACAUAAGAUAUAGUAUGAGUUGGCUCGUACUAAAAGGUACGACUUUAAGACCAACAAAUCAACAAACAGAAUUUUCAAAUCGAUGCAAUACAAGCACCACCUUUUAGCUUGCCUUCUAUCAAAGUCUUUCUAGCAAGUCAGUCCACUGGCGGCCAUCUUUGGAACACUCUCGGGAGACUAUUUCCAGUCAUGCCAGUGCAGCUCCUAUCUACUUGAAAGGGGGAACACCGAAAUCUCAAAAACGGUCGGUCAAUAUUACGAUCAAAGAACAUAUUUCAAAUCAGCAGUAAAAUCUGACGAUGCUGGUAUCAUAAAUUGUGCUUCUUUAUCUCAUAUUACGCUAAAAAACAAUUUUCCCAGCUUGUAUAGCUAAUGCGCAUGCGUGUUCUCGAGUUGAUUGACAGGCGAUGUCUGUAUCUAAAAGGUGAUUGGAUCUUUUACCUGUAAGGCGGGACUUCCUUUCUACAUCCGUUGACCGUUGGGCACUAGAGCCUUUUUAUUGGACAUUCCAAUUUCUCCCAUUCAUUUUAAUAGAAGUGGCCCGUCUCUGCUAAAUAGUCUCCAUUUCUAUCCAUUGCUUUAUUUAAAAAAGGAAACAUCUGUGGACAAAUGGUUUUGGACAAUUAGUUACUUAUUCCAUAUUUAAUAAAAAUCACCGCAAUAAAAAUCACUGAUGUAGGUCAAUAACUGUAAUACACUUCCCUCGCCUUGUUCCAAACCCUGAUGUUUUCUUUUUUCCGAGGUACACAAAAGUUAUUUUCAUAUUAACAUCAUGGUUUAGGUUUAGGGUUGGGUAAGGGGUUAGACUUAAUGGGUAGUUUUAGGUUUAGGUUGGGGUUAGCUAUUAAAUGUAAGAGAAAUCGUUUGAUCAUUCCCCUUUCAUCUAACAUAGGGUAUGAGUGGUUUACAUUUGCUCAGUUAAGCAUGUAACAAGUUAUACUGUACUGCAUUGCCCAAGCUAUUCUAGAUAUACAUGUUGCAAAAAUUGUAUUGAAAAUUGAUGUCAAUGGUGUGCAUUCUGUGUAUUCGGAAAACUUGUUCAGUUGAAUGUCUGUGUUUUGAGCUAGACCUUAUAUAUAUAAUGUAUAUAAUAUUGUACAUGUUGAUUUAUUUGCUCUCAACCUAAUAGUCUUCAUCGAUAAUGUUCAUUUAUCAACAUGUUUACAGAAAUAUGAUGUUUAUGUUGAAUAUGCCCAGGACAUGACUACAAUGUCUAUAAUAAUAAUAAAAAAGAACACUAAUUGUUA